AUGCCGGUAAAUUACCAUAAUAUCAUUACCGUAAUAUUAUCUACUUGGAUUUCUCUUUUAACGUUAUUUAAAAUUGGUCGUUUUAUCGGUAUUCUGACAGCAAAUAAAUUUUUACAUAGGAAAUUUAGUAGGGAGAUAAAAGUGCAAACAAAUGACAGAAGCAGUGGGAGCAAAAGCAUCCUACGCAGAAGAGGGCAGAUGACAAAAAUACAUGAUGAGAUCAAUUACAAAGUGGAGGCUGGUCCUGGCAAAGUUCAGGAAACGGAAAAGAUUGGAUAUAGUUCACUAAGUAAAAACGAAAAGAGGGUUCAUUUAAUUGCAUCUGUGCUUGCAAAAAGUAAAUUUUCCGGAUCUGAAACGAAAUGUACCAUUACCCAUCUUUGA